GUUUUGGAGGCUCGUGUCGAAAGACGAAUCUCAGUUGGCAAAGAAAAGAAAGAGGAGAAAGGAAAGAAAGUAUGAGCUUUUUACUGAAGAAUUACUCAUCCAUCACUUCUCACUACCGAUCUCAAUCUCAGAAGACACAGGGCGCCUUCUCUCUUUCGCGUCGCGGAUUCCAUGUUGAACCUGGUCCUCGCGAGCAAGCUCUCCUGGCUGAAGAUCCAUCUCUUAAGCGAUUCAAAUCACAUAAGAAGAGCGUGUGGAGAGUCAAAAGAUUUGGAGAUGUUCUGACACUUGUUGUUGUAGCAGGCUGUUGCUAUGAAAUUUAUGUCAAAACAGUAAUGCGGGAAGAAGCUCGGAAACAGGCAAAGGAAAGUGCAUGAUUGGGAGUUCAGUGUCUGAAAUUUCUGUUUCUGCCAAGAACAUCAGAUCCUCUUCAAUUUUGUCAGUGUCCAAUAAGUAGUAACUAUCAUGAUGUGAUCGAAUGCUUGCCCUCAAAAGCUUCUGUUUUUCGCUCGUGUAAUAAAGUUCGUCUUUUGUCAUGCCAUAUUUAUAAAAUAAGCUUAUGGGAAAAUUACCCCAGUUGCGUCCUGUUUUUUGGGACCCCGUUGU